AGGAAAUGCAGCUUGCUCUGCUGUGCUAAUGAGUAUGGAGGGAUCUGGCAGGCAGUGCUGAGAGGAGGAUUCCAACAUUACCUGUUAAUUGGAAACAAAACAUUAAAAAAUGACUAGUUCAGAAAGCUUCUAUGGAGAGAAAAUGCAGGAGCUACAGAAACAGCUUAAUUCCGUUAAGCAGGCCAUCAAUACCAACUCCAAGGUGGUCGCCUUCAUGAACUCCCCCGUUGGACAGUACUUGGAUGAGCACCCAUUUGUGUCCCUCUCGCUUCUGGUCUUUAUAUCGUUGUCCGCAGUUCCAUUAGGCCUGUUUCUGACUGUGAUCGUUGGUACAGCAGUAAUUGCAUGCCUUGGGGUCAUAAUACUUGAAGGAAUUGUUAUAGCAGUGGGAGGAGUAACAUUACUAUGUGUUCUGUGCGGACUUGUAAUUCUGUCAUUUGGGGUAUCAGGAGUGCUCAGCAUCUCUUACUUUGCCAUAUCUAGUAUUUUGAACUACAUACACAAAGCCAGGUUAUCAAAGAACGAUUCACGCCAAUCUCAGCCCUAUUCAAAGACUGCAGAACAACAGCCUUCUGUAAAUGCUUUCAAAGACACAACUCGUGAUGAAUAG